ACGGCUAUUCGUCCAUCGUAUAUGAAUUUCGUAUAUAACACACGUAAACUGUCAUAUACGAAUAGAAUGUGAGGGAAUGUGAGCAGUAGUCGCGUUACACGUGUCGUGCGUAUUGUGAUAGAUUGCAGUGUGAUAAAGUAUAUGUAUUAGUUUAUAGAAUUGUUAUAUCUUAAAUUAUCCUAUAAUAUACGCACAAGAUGAGAGUCUUCCUAUUUAUCGGUUUAUUUUUGAUAAAAGAUUUUGUGCAUUCUCAAGAUAUUGAUCUAGCGCAUUUAAAAUGUUUAGUUUGUAGAGCUACUAUGGAUGAAAUGGAAGCUGCGGUAUCUAAAUUAAAUCCAAGAGUAUUAGUUGAUGCAGGUAAUUACAAAAUGGAUGCUCAGGGAAAUACUGUACAGAAAAAGGUUCCAUUACGUAAAUCGCAAGUACAUAUUUCGGAUAUAGUGGAUGAUAUCUGUUCAAAGAUGAAAGAUUACGUGAGAGGAAUUAAGAAAUAUAAUAAAAAGUUGACAAUCUUUAACAUUGUGUUACCAUCAGGUGGUAUGAAUCCUGAAAUGUCUAAAGUAGAUCUAAUUCAUGAUGGUGAUUUAAACAAGUCUCUUGAGUUUUACUGUCACUUGGUAGUGGAGCAAUUGGAAGAUGACAUAAUAUCAUUGUAUGUCAAUGAUGUAGAAAAUAAGAAAGAAAAACUUUGUACAGAGCAUUCACAUAUAUGUGAUAAUUAUCCUGAGGAACCAUUUGAUGACAAUGAUAUUAACAGUUUCUUUCAAGUUAAAGAUAAAGAAUUAUAAGACAAUUUUUAAACAUGUAAGUUUCAUUAGUAAUUAAAGACAAGACCUCAAAUAUGUUAAAUAAUAAAUUAUAUAGUUUUUGUUAU